UAUUAAAAAAAUCAUGAAAUUUUCUCAAAAAAAAUUUGACAGGGUGAUACUUCCCUUUUUUCAGUUACAAGUGUUUAGUCUUUGAAUGGACAAAACAUUAUUAAUCAAUUUUUAACAAGAUCUAUACAUAAAAAUACAGAAUUAGAGACAGUGUCAGAAACAAUCAAAUUAUCUGCAUUUUUAUUGAAUCAACAAAUGGAUUGGGGGUGAGGAGAGAGGGUGAGAAUAUGAAUUCUUGUCUGCUAUGUUCAUUUUUUCCCCUAUUACGAAAUAAUCGUCUACGUUCAAUUAUUUCUGCUACGUGUUACUUGACGAAAUUGUUAAUUGGCGAAGAAGUAAAAAGGAAUUUCGUAUUUUGAAUGCAGCUAGGAGGUGGAUGUUUGCAAGUAGACCUAUACAAUCGGAUAAACAGUGUAGCAAAUCUCAAAGAAAAAUAAUUAUAAGCCACUUUGAUAUCAAGACAACCUCUCUCAGAAGGAAUACCUAGUGAUACAUCAGUGAAUUGUGAAGUUCAGUGGCAAGCAAUUAGUUUUCAACUAUGAGACGAGCAGCGGGAGCAGGUGGAGCUAACAGUGCCUCUAGCCAAAGCUAUGGGGAUUACAAUGCUAUCGAGGAAGAGAAUCAGCAUCUGACUGAAGAUCUGCGUUCAAAAGUCAGCAUCUUGAAAGCACUCAGUAUUGACAUGGGCCAUGAAGUUAAUGAGCAAAAUAAGCUCAUAAGUGACAUGGACCAACAAUUUGAUUCCACAGGUGGUUUUCUUGGUGCUACGAUGGGUCGCUUAUCACGCCUCUCCAAAGGAGGUCUCCAUUGCCAUUAUCUAUACCUGUUUCUGUUCGCUGCCUUUGUCUUCUUCAUCAUCUAUCUUAUCCUUAAGUCAAGAUGACCUCUGACCUAUGAAGAAAUAUCUGUGAACAUUCAGAAAAGUUACAGCCUUCAAAGGGAAAUAUUUUGUGCUGUAGCGAUUUUUUGUGUAUGAUGGAUGACUUUGAAGGCAUGAUGAUUUUAUAGCACACCAAAACAUUGUGUCUUAGGGUAACUGUCAAAAGAUAGACACUGCUAGCUUGAAUCUAGGACGGACAUGGAGAGGAAGAAUGAUGGAGAUAGAUAAAUGCUAUACUAUUUUAUCUUAUGUAAAAUUGAAAAUAUUAUGACGCUGGAAUUUGACAUUUCCAGCAUCGAAUUUGUACUAUUCAUUUUAUGUGUAGAAUAUGGUUACUACUGUAUUAAUACAAUGUACUGUGAAAGAGAGGACUUUGGUAGUCAAUAAAUUGGCCAUUAGCUUCAAACAGAGGUGUGUUAUUUAUGGAGAUGUAUCAAAUUGAUACUGACAAUACAAAAGGGGGAAAAGCACUUCUAUUCUUCUCUGAAUUUUAAUAGAUCAUUUGAAUAAUCAUACCUUAAAUGGGAAUUCCACUCUUAAAUCAUUUUAAAUCAUGCUGGUUUUGAUUAAAAAAAAAAACAGAAAAAGAUAAACAUUAUU